ACCCACUCCGCCACCUCAGGCGCCCUCGCCGUACCUUCCCACCAAGCGGGCCUGUUCACUGUACAUUCAGACGGACACCUUUCUCUGGGACCACGUAAAGAAGCACGAGUCGGAGAAGUCGGACGCAAAGGUGCGCGAGGAGAUUGCCUCGCUGGUGGCGCAGCACAUCAAGGCAGUGAACCACAUCUACGAGACGUCCGUCUUCAAGGACAUCAUCGGCCUAAAGUUUAUCGUCCAGCGACUGCGCAUCAACGACUCGUCCGCCUGUGAGGGCGUCAAGCGAGAGAACAACCAAUUCUGCUCGCCAAACAUUGACGUCUCCAACUUCCUCAAUCUCAACUCACAGUUCAAUCACAAUGACUUCUGUCUGGCGUACAUCUUUACUUAUCGAGACUUCUCAGGCGGCACUCUUGGCCUGGCGUGGGUUGCCAGCACUUCGGGGGCAUCUGGUGGAAUCUGCGAAAAGUACAAGACCUACACGGAGAACAUUGGCGGGCGUCAGGUGCAGACGAAGCGGUCACUGAACACGGGCAUCAUCACCUUUGUCAACUACAACUCGCGGGUGCCGCCAAAGGUGAGCGAGCUGACGUUGGCCCACGAGAUUGGCCACAACUUUGGCUCUCCGCACGACUACCCGGCGGAGUGUCGUCCCGGCGGUGCCCUGGGCAACUUCAUCAUGUACUCCUCGGCGACCAGUGGCGAGCGCCAGAACAACAACAAAUUCUCCCACUGCUCCAUUGCCAACAUCAGCUCGGUGCUGGCGGCGGUCUUCAACAAUGAAGGCAAGGAGAACUGCUUCCAGGAGGACAAUGGCCCAUUCUGCGGCAAUAAGAUUGUCGAGGAGGGUGAGGAGUGCGACUGUGGCUACGAUUCGCGCGAGUGCAACGAGGACUGCUGCUAUCCGAGGAAUGUCGAGGAAUUCAAGGCGAUGGAUCCUUAUGCGCAGCCCUGUCGUCGUCGCCCUGGCGCCUACUGUUCCCCCUCGGAGGGCCCUUGCUGCACUGAGAAGUGCACCUUUGAGGGCGAUACGAAGCAGUGCCGUGAUGACGGCGAGUGCACCUACAAGUCACUGUGCGACGGACAACGGGCACACUGUCCCUCCCCACCGGCCAAACCGAACAAGACCGAGUGCAACAUGGGCACGCAGGUCUGCUGGAAGGGCAGCUGCACCGGGUCCAUCUGCCAGAAGUACGACCUGGAGGAGUGCUUCCUCACGGCGAAACGCGGCGCCAAGGCCGACGAGAUGUGCGAGGUGGCCUGCCAGAGGCGCAACCAGCCGGACACCUGUCGCCGCACCUCGGAGAUUGUCAUCAUGAAGAACAUCUCCGGGCUGAAACUGCGACCCGGCUCGCCGUGCAAUGACUUUCAGGGCUACUGUGACGUCUUUCAGCGCUGUCGUCCGGUGGACGCCGAGGGACCGCUAGCUCGGCUGAAGAAUCUGCUGUUCAACAAGAAGACGCUGAUCAGCAUCAAGCAAUGGGUCACGACCUACUGGUGGGCAUGUACGCUGAUCAUGUUUGGCGCCAUUCUCUUUAUGGCUGCCUUCAUAAAAUGCUGUGCGGUCCACACGCCCAGCUCCAACCCAAAACGAAAGAAAGCCCUUCGAAUUACUGACACACUGAGAAGACCUGCAGAUACGCUGAGACGAAAGGAUUGUGAAUCCGUUCACAACAAAUUGGUUGGUCAGAUGAGUCAGCUUUCCAUAAUUGGCGUCAUGGAAGAGCUGCUGUACAUUGUGGUGCACUAUGGCAUUACGAAUGUAUCGUUGUACCAGGUGCCAGUGUCACAGCUUCACUCCACAGAGGUGUCACUGAUUGGUGUUUCUGCAAUAACGCUAGAGCAUAAAUGGCCCUACCUCAACGAUUACCCCCAGCUGGAAGAUCUGAAACAGCAAAUGUACACUAAAACAGGCCUGGCAACCAUUCGUGGUGGACCCACGUUGAUGUACUUCGCUGGCUACAAUGAGUCAGGCAUCAUGUGCACUGAUGCUUCUUGUCCCAAGGAGCUGCACAACAUUGACACCAUCAGUGUCUCGGUGGACCCUGAGUGGGCGUUCACAAUGCAGCUAUGGCAAAAUGCGGAAAACAUGGCUGAGUUGACAAAGACGGCCGAACACGAAAAACCUCUGUUGGAACACGGAAAGCAUCACUUGGGUCGCGCAAAACUUCUGCCCGAAAAGCAUCCAUUGGGACUAGGAAAAGUAAAGACCGAAAGCAUUCUAAACAAACUCUAA